UAUAAAUAAGAGAUUAUCUAGGGUUAAUCCACUGAAUUCCUAAGUUUAUCACACUCAAGUUAAUUGCCCUUUAUCAAAUUCAACAAACUAAGUUAACAUGGCCGACGAAGAAGUUCAAGCCCUUGUUGUUGACAAUGGAUCAGGGAUGUGCAAAGCUGGAUUCGCUGGUGAUGACGCACCAAGAGCAGUGUUCCCCUCCAUCGUUGGACGACCUCGACAUCAAGGUGUGAUGGUCGGUAUGGGUCAAAAAGACAGCUACGUCGGUGAUGAAGCACAAUCGAAACGUGGUAUUCUCACACUGAAAUACCCAAUCGAACACGGCAUUGUGACGAACUGGGAUGACAUGGAGAAGAUCUGGCAUCACACAUUCUACAAUGAAUUGCGUGUGGCUCCAGAAGAACACCCGGUCCUGUUGACCGAGGCUCCAUUGAAUCCGAAAGCCAAUCGUGAGAAGAUGACCCAAAUCAUGUUUGAGACGUUCAACACACCAGCCAUGUACGUGGGCAUUCAAGCUGUACUGUCACUGUACGCAUCGGGUCGUACAACUGGUAUUGUGUUGGACUCUGGUGAUGGUGUGACACACACUGUUCCGAUCUACGAAGGUUAUGCCCUACCACAUGCUAUCCUGCGUCUGGAUCUGGCUGGUCGUGACCUGACUGACUACUUGAUGAAGAUUUUGACGGAACGUGGUUACAGCUUCACGACCACAGCUGAGCGAGAAAUCGUGCGUGACAUCAAGGAGAAACUGUGUUAUGUGGCUCUUGACUUUGAACAGGAAAUGGCCACUGCCGCGUCCAGCUCAUCUCUGGAGAAGAGUUACGAACUGCCUGAUGGUCAGGUGAUCACGAUCGGUAACGAACGAUUCCGUUGUCCUGAGGCGUUGUUCCAACCAAGUUUCUUGGGUAUGGAAUCUGCUGGUGUUCAUGAGACCACAUUCAACUCAAUAAUGAAAUGUGAUGUGGACAUCCGUAAAGAUCUGUACGCAAACACUGUGUUGUCAGGUGGUACGACAAUGUUCCCAGGUAUUGCUGAUCGUAUGCAGAAAGAGAUCACUGCAUUGGCGCCGAGCACAAUGAAGAUCAAGAUAGUUGCUCCACCUGAGCGAAAAUAUUCCGUUUGGAUUGGUGGUUCUAUUUUGGCCUCAUUGUCUACGUUCCAACAGAUGUGGAUUUCCAAACAAGAAUAUGAUGAAUCUGGUCCUGGUAUUGUUCACCGUAAAUGCUUCUAAAACUAUUUACUAAAAGUGCUUAUCCAAUUAAUUAUAUUCUUGUUAUGUCUAUUAUUAUUAUUAUGAGGAUAUUUCUGUGCUGAAUUAUCUAGUCAACUAAAACAAUUUUCUUCCAUAUUUCACCCAUUUGUCUAACUAGUCCUACACAUGACAUCAACAACGAACCAAGUUCAUUUAUUUAUUAUUAUCAAGAAUAUGAAUUAAUAAAUAUACCCAACCUAAUCUUACCUUCCAAUUUUUUUCUUCUUUGUUUCUCUCUGAAGAUUUACAUCUUUACUCCAUUUGUUUUCAAGCCUAAAAUAAGAAACAAGAAUAGGUGGUUUUGUUUUUCUCUUUUUUUUUCGAAAAAAAGGAAGAUAAUCUUAGCUACUAAUAAUAAAUGCAAAUAUUUACU